ACCCGCCGGCGGCGGAGGGCCGGCAUCGCGGCGAUGGCGGCGGCGGGGCGGGCGCUGCGUGCGGCGCUGCCCGCCGGGCUCUGGGGCCGCCUGGCCCCGCUGCCGGGCGCGCCCCGCCGGGCCGCCGCGCACUUCGCUUUCCAGCCGGACCCGGCGCCCAGCGAGUACGGGCAAACUCAGAAGAUGAAUCUCUUCCAAUCCAUUACAAGUGCCUUGGACAAUGCUUUAGCCAAAGAUCCAACUGCAGUUGUAUUUGGUGAAGACGUGGCCUUUGGUGGAGUCUUCAGAUGUACAGUUGGCUUGCGAGACAAGUAUGGUAAAGACAGAGUUUUCAACACCCCUUUAUGUGAACAAGGAAUUGUUGGCUUUGGUAUUGGAAUUGCUGUUACAGGUGCUACAGCCAUUGCAGAAAUUCAAUUUGCAGAUUACAUUUUUCCAGCAUUUGAUCAGAUUGUUAAUGAAGCAGCAAAAUAUCGUUACCGCUCUGGAGAUCUGUUCAAUUGUGGAAACCUCACCAUCAGAGCACCCUGGGGCUGUGUGGGUCAUGGUGCACUAUAUCACUCUCAGAGUCCAGAAGCCUUUUUUGCUCACUGUCCAGGAAUAAAGGUUGUUAUUCCCAGGAGUCCUCUGCAAGCCAAAGGAUUGCUGCUGUCAUGCAUAGAGGACAAGAAUCCAUGUAUAUUCUUUGAACCUAAAAUACUUUACAGAGCUGCAGUGGAACAAGUUCCUGUAGAGCCCUACAACAUUCCACUGUCUCAAGCUGAGGUGCUGCAGACAGGCAGUGAUGUGACAAUGGUUGCUUGGGGCACUCAGGUACAUGUGAUCAAAGAAGUAGCAGCAAUGGCUCAAGAAAAACUUGGUGUGUCCUGUGAAGUUAUUGAUCUGAGGACCAUCUUACCAUGGGAUACAGAGACUGUUUGCAAGUCGGUGGCAAAGACUGGACGAUUGCUGAUUAGCCAUGAGGCUCCCUUGACAGGAGGAUUUGCAUCUGAAAUCAGUUCCACAGUUCAGGAGGAAUGCUUUUUGAAUUUAGAAGCUCCUAUUACAAGAGUAUGUGGCUAUGACACUCCCUUCCCUCACAUCUUUGAGCCUUUCUACAUCCCAGACAAAUGGAAAUGCUAUGAUGCUCUUAGGAGGAUGAUUAACUACUGAGCAGUAGUACAG